AUGGAUUUCAGGAAUGAAGAUGGCGAGCCGUUCAUUCCGUACACGCAUUUUGAAGAGUGGCCAUGCAUAGCAGAAUAUCCCCAUGGCAAAGAACGUUUGUUCGAAGAUGUCAAAUUCUUCACAGACGCGCAAUACUGCGAGUCGUUCGGACAUGAUCUGGAGACCGGCGCGCCCUACACGGAACAACAGUACAUGGGAAUGAAUCCUGGAGGCAGAGCAAUUUUGAAAGCAGCUCACUACAAGCCACCCAUUGAAGUGACUGGACGCUCGAAGCGGCUUCAGGAUGCAAGACCCAGAGCCAGUCAUUCAUAUUUCUCGGGUGGACGCGAAAGCUUUACAUCUAGCGGACGGGGAGAUGUCGUUGGGCGGUCGCGCCGCGGCAGUGUUGAGUUAGCAGUCGCCAUCCGCGAUAUCGCCAAGGGACAUGUGUUCAUACCUUUCCAUUUUGACUACUUUGAUGCUAAGGACGACAGAGCUCGUGCGGCAAAUGAAUUAACUAUUGAGCAAUGGGACAUCAUCUCCAAGCAACAAAUGUUCAAGUCCGGAGCCGUCUGCAUCGAGAAAUGUGUCCAAAAGGAAGGCACUCGCAAACGGACCAAACAUGCCAAAGAAGAGCAGACCAGAGCAGUUGAGAAUAUCGAAAAGAACCAGGGUUCGGCCCAGCACGCGACGGAGCUUCCAUCACAACAACGCCUACGCUUCCCUGAGCGAUGGAUGGGCGUGACACACGAGGCACUAGAAAUGCUCAUAGAAAUGUACAGAGAUCUGAUUCCCCGACUCGUCCACGACCUGGAAGUCCAAUCAGGUCUUGGCGUCAUGUGUCAGAUCGUGAACCGAAGCCCUCCAAACCUUCCAGCCCCUGAUCGACAAAUAUCACGAGAACCGAGAAUAUGGGCGCUCCGUCGCACAGCGGCUUCGCGACGCCAUCUUCUUCCACAAGACUUAUACGAACGAUCCAUAUGA